AUGUUUUUGGCCGCAGCGACUAGCACCCAUGUGCCGAUCUGUCCGGAAGCAGUUGACCGCGUGCUGGCAGAAGUAGCCUUACCUCUCGCGUUCGCCUCAGGGGCACGUGCUGCUGCGACGUUAGCCGCUGCAUCUCGCGUCCUCGCGCCCGCCCUGCGAGAUGCGUUGGUGACUCUGCGCCGGUCCGACACAUUGGCGCCCCUGCAUGGUGACGGAUAUGUGUUUGGGGGCCACGGCGGCGGCAGAGGGCCAGUGUCCACAUGCCAUUCCCUGAAGCUGGUCGCUGGGUCCAGGUGGCAGCUGGUGCCCCCCAUGCCAACGCCCCGCGUGAAUUGUGCGGCCGCAGCUCUCGGAGGCGCUGUGUAUGUGGUGGGCGGGAAUGACGGACGGCGCGAGCUGGGCGACGCCACGCGGUUGGACCUCGCGCGCGGCCGUUGGGACGAGUUGUUGCCCAUGCCCACUCGGCGAUCUCGCUGCAGCGCCGCAUCCGACGGGAGGGCGGUCUACGUCAUCGGCGGGUGGAACGAUUGCGCCUCCGCCCUGUGCGCUGCCGAGUGCUUGGACCCGGGCGUCAGCGGCAGCGAGCAGAGAGCUAGUUGGGCAGAGCUGCCACCGAUGGAGGUGUGCCGGGCGGGCUGUGCUGCGGCCUUCGUUCCUGGAGCGGGAGUCUGCGUCGCGGGCGGGUGGCGCAGGGGACGGGUGCUGGCCUCCGCGGAGGCGCUCGACCUCGCCAAGAGGUGCUGGCGGAGGCUUCCAGACAUGCCUUCUGCUCGCUCACGCUGCGCUGCCGCGUGCGUCCAGGGCCAACUCGUCGUCGUCGGCGGCUCCAGUGGUGCGGGGGAGCUGGACGCGAUAGAGGCCUUCCGACCUUGUCAGAACGCCUGGGAGCGGUGGCCUUCAUUGGGCAUGCACCGUGCAGCUUGCGCUGCAGCAUCUGCGUCACAAGCGCUCUACGUGGUCGGCGGUGUCGAUGUAGACCGUCCUGGGUUACACGGUGAAUGCCACUGGCCGCCCGGCGGCGAGCGACGGGGCGUACGAGAGGCCUGCGCGGACGGCCUGGCGCGGCUGCCGGCGCUGCCCUCGGCGCUCUCCGGCUGCGCCGCCGUCGCUGCGUGGCCCUGA